AAUGGCUGCUGUUUCCGUUCAACAAUUUUUCCUGUCUUUCUGAAAAGCGACGAUUACAGGUCGACACCAUGAGUUCGCUUAAACUUCAAAAGAGGCUGGCAGCCUCGGUAAUGCGAUGCGGCAAGAAGAAGGUUUGGUUGGAUCCCAAUGAAAUUAAUGAGAUCGGCAAUACCAAUUCCCGCCAAAACAUCCGCAAAUUGAUUAAGGAUGGUUUGAUCAUCAAGAAACCCGUUGUUGUACACUCCCGCUACCGUGUCCGCAAGAACACUGAAGCUCGCCGCAAGGGACGUCACUGCGGUUUCGGUAAACGCAAGGGUACAGCCAAUGCCCGUAUGCCCACAAAAUUCUUGUGGAUGCAACGUCAACGUGUGCUGAGACGUUUGCUUAAGAAAUACCGUGAUAGCAAGAAAAUCGAUCGUCACUUGUACCAUGACUUGUACAUGAAGUGCAAGGGUAAUGUUUUCAAGAACAAGCGUGUCCUCAUGGAAUACAUCCACAAGAAGAAGGCUGAGAAACAACGCAGCAAAAUGUUGGCCGAUCAAGCCGAAGCCAGAAGACAAAAGGUGCGUGAGGCCCGCAAGCGCCGCGAAGAGCGUAUUGCCAACAAAAAGCAGGAGCUCAUCAACAUGCAUGCCAGGGAAGAUGAAGCGGCCGCUGCUGCUGCCCAAGCCACCACUGGCAAGAAGUAAAUUAGGCGCUAAUUCUUUUUUUGUAUUUUAAUCAUCUGAUGUUGAGCAUUAUUAAAAAAACAAAUUGGAAAAUAUGUUGGAACCCCACAAAACAACAUAA